AUGGUCAUGCGAUCGAGCUUCCCGAGGCGCCUCGCCCUCGGCCGCCCAGCCAACUACCUCAGACGCCCAUACUCCACCCCGAGCAGGCUAUCCCCCGCCAGUGCCCCGAGGUGCUCGGCUCCCACCUUCGACCGCCUGCUCCUGUCCGCCGUCCCCCGAACACAGCGAGCCGUCGCCCAAUUCUCGACGUCGACGCACCGCCUGAAGGAGGAGGAGGACAACAGUGGCUUCUUUGACCGCGCCGUAGAGCCUCUGUCCGAGGAGGAGCAAAAGGCCAACCUCAAGCACCAGCGCGAGCUUGAGGAGAAGGAGCUCGCCGCCGAGGCAAAGAACUCCAGCUCCGAGUCCUCCCCCAAGAAUGAAGGCUCUGCCGGCGGCGCUCAGGACGGGAAGGGCAGCAGCGCGGCGGGCGGCUCAUCGGCGGGCUCUGGCAGUGGUGGCGACGAUAAGGGCGACGGCAGCGGCCGCAAGGGACGCAAGUCCUCGGACAAGAGCUUGCAGAAGCCCGUCGUGCCGGACGUGUACCCCCAGGUCCUUGCCAUCCCCAUUGCGAAGCGGCCCUUGUUCCCCGGUUUCUAUAAGGCUAUCACCAUCAAGGACCCCAACGUGGCCGCCGCCAUCACCGAGAUGAUCAAGCGCGGCCAGCCGUACGUGGGAGCGUUCCUCUUCAAGGACGAGAACCAGGACGAGGACGUGAUCCGCAACGUCGAUGACGUCUACGAUACCGGUGUCUUUGCGCAAAUCACCAGUGCCUUCCCGAUGCACGGCGAGCAGGGCAGCCUCACGGCCAUCCUUUACCCCCACCGCCGCAUCCGCCUCUCGAGCCUGCUGCCGCCCGGGACCGAGGACAAGAAGCCCAGCGAGGCCAAGGUCGAGCCCGUCCCCGAGCCGAUACCCCCGAAGCCCGUCGAGGAGGAGGCGCAGCCGGACAAGAAGGGCGACGUCGUGGCGAGCUUCGAGGAGAGCGCCGUCGCGCCCAAGCCGGACCAGGCCGCGGAAAAGUACGAGCCCACCGCGUUCCUCAGGAGAUACCCCGUCAGUCUCGUCAACGUCGAGAACCUGACCGAGGAGCCCUAUGACCCCAAGAGCGCCGUCAUCCGGGCCGUCACGAACGAGAUCGUCAACGUCUUCAAGGAGGUCGCCACCAUGAACAGCCUCUUCCGGGACCAGAUCUCCACCUUUUCCAUGAGCCAAUCGACUGGAAACGUCACGUCCGAGCCGGCGAAGCUUGCAGACUUUGCCGCCGCGGUAUCCUCGGGCGAGCAGGGCGAGCUCCAGGAGGUCCUUUCCAGUCUCAACGUGGAGGAGAGGAUGCAAAAGGCACUGAUCGUCCUGAAGAAGGAGCUCAUGAACGCCCAGCUGCAGUCAAAGAUCACCAAGGACGUCGAGAGUAAGAUCACCAAGCGUCAGCGUGAGUACUGGUUGAUGGAGCAGAUGAAGGGCAUCCGCCGCGAGCUCGGUCUCGAGUCUGACGGCAAGGAUAAGCUGGUGGAGAGGUUUAAGGAAAAGGCCGACAAGCUGGCCAUGCCCGAGGCCGUUCGCAAGGUCUUUGACGACGAAAUCAACAAGCUCGCCCACCUCGAGCCCGCGGCAUCUGAGUUCAACGUCACGCGUAACUACCUCGACUGGCUCACCCAGAUUCCGUGGGGACAGCGCAGCGCAGAGAACUUUGGCAUCAAGAAUGCAAUGACGGUACUCGAUGAAGACCACUACGGCCUCAAGGACGUCAAGGAUCGCAUUCUCGAGUUCAUUGCCGUUGGCAAGCUUCGCGGCACCGUCGAGGGCAAGAUCAUCUGCUUCGUCGGCCCUCCCGGUGUCGGCAAGACGUCUAUUGGAAAGUCCAUCGCCCGCGCUCUCAACCGCCAGUACUACAGAUUCAGUGUCGGUGGUCUCACCGAUGUGGCGGAGAUCAAGGGCCACAGACGCACCUACGUCGGGGCUCUGCCUGGCCGCAUCAUCCAGGCGCUCAAGAAAUGUCAGACCGAGAACCCCUUGAUCCUGAUUGACGAAAUCGACAAGAUCGGCCGGGGCUACCAGGGCGACCCCUCGUCUGCCCUUCUGGAACUUCUCGACCCCGAGCAGAACAGCUCUUUCCUGGAUCACUACAUGGACGUCCCCGUCGACCUGUCCAAGGUCCUCUUUGUCUGCACAGCCAACAUGACCGACACCAUCCCCAGACCCCUUCUCGAUCGCAUGGAGCUCAUCCAGCUCUCCGGCUAUGUCGCCGACGAGAAGAAGGCCAUUGCAGACCGGUACCUCGCCCCCGCUGCCAAGGAGGCGGCAGGCCUGGCGAACGCCGACGUCAAGCUGAGCGAGGAGGCGAUUGAGGAGCUCAUCAAGUCCUACGCGCGCGAGUCUGGUGUGCGCAAUCUCAAGAAGCAGAUCGAGAAGGUCUACCGCAAGUCCGCCCUCAAGAUCGUCCAGGACCUCGGCGAGGAGGUCCUCCCCGAGCAGGAGGCCCUCACCGACAGUGGCAAGGAGGCCCUGGAGGAGUCGGAGAAGAAGACGGAGGCUGCGAAGGAGACCGGCGAGGAGCCGGCCGAGACCCCCACGACCGAGAAGCCCCGCGUGGCCCUCAACGUCCCGGACAGCGUUCACGUCACCAUCGGAAAGGAGAACCUUGUUGACUACGUCGGUCCCCCCGUCUUCACCUCGGACCGCCUUUACGAGGUCAACCCGCCCGGUGUCGCCAUGGGUCUCGCCUGGACCCAGAUGGGCGGUGCGGCCAUGUACGUCGAGUCUAUACUGCAGGCCCCUCUGCGUCCCAGCAGCAGGCCCGGCCUCGAGAUCACCGGCAACCUCAAGAACGUCAUGAAGGAGUCCUCCACGAUUGCCUACUCCUUUGCCAAGGCGCUCAUGGUAAAGGAAUUCCCCGACAACCACUUCUUCGACAAGGCCAAGCUCCACCUGCACGUCCCCGACGGUGCUGUGCAAAAGGACGGUCCUUCGGCUGGUAUCACCAUGGCCACCUCCUUCCUGUCCCUCGCCCUCGACACGCCCGUCAACCCGACCGUCGCCAUGACGGGCGAGCUGACCCUGACCGGCAAGGUGCUCCGCAUCGGCGGUCUCCGCGAGAAGACCGUCGCCGCACGCCGUGCCGGGUGCAAGAUGAUCAUCUUCCCCAAGGACUGCAUGUCGGACUGGCUCGAGCUCCCAGAGAACAUCAAGGAGGGUAUCGAGGGCAAGCCCGUCACCUGGUACUCCGACGUCUUUGAGCUCAUCUUCCCCCAGCUGGACCGCGAGGCCGCCAACAAGUGCAAGACGUGCGAGUGGCAGAAGGAGCACGACACCAAGAAGAAGAAGGACAAGAAGAACAAGAAGAAGGACGACUCUGACGACGAGAACGACGACUAG